AUGGCCCCUUCCUCUACCUUCACUACCUCGCUCUCUGGCAAAGUCGCGCUCGUUACGGGAUCGUCCCGUGGUAUCGGUGCAGCUAUCGCCAAGCGUCUUGCAGACGAAGGUGCUAGCGUCGUCAUUAACUAUGUCAACAGCGCAAAGCCCGCUCAGGAGCUCGUAUCUGAAAUCAAGUCCAAGGGCAAAGGCAACGCCGCUGCAAUUAAAGCUGAUGCAUCAACCAUCGCCGGUGGAAAGCAUCUACUGGACGAGACCAUCAAGGCAUUUGGAAAGCUUGAUAUCCUCGUCCUGAAUGCCGGAAUCAUGGGCAGCAAGCCUCUCGCUGACAUCGACGAGACGUUCUUCGAUAACCAUAUCAACGCCAACGUCAAAGGGCCCUUGUUUUUGGCAAAGGCAGCCUCCCAAGUCCUCCCUUCUCCCGGUGGACGCAUCAUCUUCUUUUCCUCCUCCUUGACCGCCGCCUCUGCCGUUCUUCCUAACGCCCUGUGCUACGUUAUCUCAAAGGGCGCCGUGGAACAGGCAUCGCGUGUCCUCGCAAAAGAUCUCGGUGCUCGGGGCAUGACUGUCAACACUAUCUCACCAGGACCUGUCGACACCGACCUGUUCCGUGCUGGCAAGCCCCAGAAGGUGAUCGACAUGAUCGCCUCCCAAAACCCUAGCAACAAGCUGGGUCAGCCGGAAGAGAAUUGCUCCUGUUGUUUCUGGGUAAAUGGCCAAAACAUUCGUGUCAACGGGACCAUAUGGCUGAAUCAUACCAAAGACGAUCGUCGUCUGUAUAAGGCAGACAAGGCAGUGAACACUGAAAACUAUCAAGUACAGUACGUGAUUUUUGAUGGUUUGUAG